UUCUUUCUUUCUUUUACAGGAGCCGUCACUCCAAAGACAUGACUCAAGAGCAAUUCCGAGUCACCUGCACCGUCAAGAUCAAGAAUUUUCAAGUUGGUUUGUUGACAGUAAAUGUAGUUUUGGCGCCGUCUUGGGAUUUCAGAUUAAUGGUAUCACUUGAAAGAACACAACAUGGAUGCACAGGAUGAAGAAAUAUCAGAGGCUACUGAAGCCUUCUUGGAACAUGCUUGGGAAGAUGAUGAUGAUUUUUUUGAGGGUGGACUCGAAGAUGGUGACGAAUCUCUCUCGACACAGUCUCCUUCGGAUGCUGUGCUUGAAGAGGAAGAGGAUGUCCUGCCAGAGGGAGUUCCUCCACCUUCAGAAGAACAUCUUGAAGUCCUUCAGAACUACUUUGGUCAUUCCUCCUUUCGUCCCAUGCAGUGGAAAAUUAUCCAUGCUGUCCUGCAGAAACAAGACAACUGUGUGGUAAUGGCAACAGGGUAUGGGAAGAGUUUGUGUUACCAGUACCCUGCAGUGUAUCAAAGAGGUGUCACUGUAGUAGUCUCUCCUUUGAUAUCCCUCAUGGAGGAUCAGGUUAUGGGCCUCCAGGCCUUGAACAUCCCUGCCUGCUUCCUUGGCAGUGGUCAAACAAACAAGAGUGAAGUGUACCAUAACAUGUUUGAUGGUGUAUAUCGGAUUGUGUAUGUGACACCAGAAUUUAUAGAUGCAUGCUCAGGAAUACUGGAAGAUCUCAUGAAGAAAGUAGGCAUUAUGCUGUUUGCCAUAGAUGAAGCCCAUUGUCUCAGUCAGUGGGGACAUGACUUCCGCUCAUCAUACAGAAAACUUGGAACAAUAAGAAAAAGCUUUCCUACUGUACCAGUUUUGGCUGUGACAGCAACAGCAACACAGACGGUGCAGAAGGACAUUUGCUCUGUGCUGAAGCUGAGAAAUCCUGUAGUUACUGUUACCAGCUUUGACCGACCAAAUCUUUAUCUUGAAGCAAAGCUCAAAAAUAAAAGCAUUUUGGAAGACAUUCUGCCACUCAUGGUACGGGAUGCCAGAGGAAACUACUCUCCAGAUGGACCAACUAUUAUUUAUUGUCCAACAAAGAAGAUCACUGAAGAAGUAGUUUCUGAAUUAAGAGUGGCUGGGAUGGAGUGUGAAAUGUACCAUGCUGGAAUGAACAAAAAAGAGAGGGAGACAGCUCAUCAUAAAUUUUCUUUUGAUAAGGUUCAUGUAAUAGUGGCUACUGUUGCAUUUGGCAUGGGCAUCAAUAAGCCAGAUGUAAGACGAGUGAUACACUAUGGAGCUCCUGGCAGCCCUGAGUCUUACUACCAGGAAAUAGGCCGUGCAGGAAGGGAUGGCCUGCCAGCAACCUGCACUGUGUUUUAUGGCCCUGGAGAUGACCGCCUUCAUAGAUAUUUCAUCAGUACCUUGAACUCCGAAGAGUUUCGAGAGCAUCAGUAUGCCAUGUUGAGGAAAAUGUCCAAGUUUCUGAAUCAGACCACGUGUCGAAGGAUAGCAAUCAUAUCCCACUUCACAGCAAAGAUUGAUAAAACUUCACCAAGGAAAGACUGCUGUGAUAACUGUACAAACAAUUUACUUGGAGGUAGUUCAAACAAAAAGGCACCAUGGUUAGCUGCAGCUCUUGAUAAGGAAGACAAAUAUGAUUUCACUUCAGAGGCAAAGAAGAUUUUUGAAACAGUAAAGAGGUGUUCUAAUUGCGGAUCUACAUCUCUCAUCUACAUUCUUCGAGGUUCCAAGUGCCAGCGAGUGAAACCACACUGGAUGAAGAUGCCCACAUAUGGAGCUGGGAAAGACCGAAAUGAAGCCUUUUGGAAGGAGCUUAUUCAGAUGUUGGUGCAUAAUGAAUGGCUCACAGAGAGUCUAGUUUCUUGUGGGCAGCAAUGGGGCCGGGGCAGAGGCAGAGGCAGAGGCAAAGCUGACUUCAUGUCAUACAGUGCCAUUGGAUUAAGUCAGGCAGGAUAUGAUGCUCUUAAGGAUCCUAGUGUCAAAAUAUGUUUAGCACCAUCAGCCAUCAUGAUGGACCAAUUGAAGCAUGUGGUCAAGAGGAGUGACCUGAAUCAAAGUACAGCCACCACCACUACUACAUCAUUCCGACAAAUAUUCAAUCCAAGGGACUUCUUGUUCACAUCAAGUAGAAUGGCAGAUACAUCAGCUUCAAAACCAAGCUCAGCAAGUCCCAAGCCUCCACAGAUUCCUGGCAUUGCCACUGGUUUGGGAUCUGUCAGGACUGAUGUGGUGCAAGCCCACCAGAAUAAGGAGGUUAAGAAGGAUGAACCUCCUAAAAAUGGGGAAGAUUAUGAUCCAGAAAAGGAAAAAUUGAUGAUGGAAUUGUACAAGUCUCUCUUGGAGCUGAGGAACUCUCUUGCUGAUGAAAUUAACUUCAUGCCUUACCUGGUAGCCACAAAUAAGACCAUGCUGCUGCUCACUCAGAAGAGGCCCACCACACUCUCCAGCCUUCGGACAAUUGAGGGGAUGAGUGAAGCUAAAAUAGGAAAAUUUGGUCGCUACUUCAUUGGCCACAUUCGCUCCUUCUGCCAGGAAAACAACUUAAGCUGCCAGGAGAGUGAAGUUGAUGAGGGUGGUGAGGGAAGCAUGCCUGACAACCAAGAUUGGAGCUUUCAAAAAACAUCAUUUGGAUGGCGUUUUAAAAGAAAUUCUUCAAAUUCAACAUCCAUAGCCACUUCCUCUGGGUGGUUAUCUAAAGCAAGACCUGAAAAGGAUUCCUGUACUGUAAAGCAUCCAGUCUCUUCAUAUGUAUCAGAUAGUGUAAAAGAUCCAUCUGUUGAAACAAGAGACUCCAGUGAUGAAAACAUUAAAAAGACCUUAAACUCAUCAAGAAUGGAAAAGAAUACAGAAAUCUCAUCAGUGUCUGGAAAUUACCUUGAAAACCAGAGUGAAAACUUUACUGAGAAAAAAAACAGAAAGGAAAGUGAGAAAAAAUUGGCUGAAAAUAAAGAUAAUGUGAAGUACACUAUCCCAAAAUUAAGUGAAGCCAUUUCUACAAAUGAUGAAGACUUUUUUGAUGACCUUGAUAAUAUAGAUUUUUCUGAAGAACUUGUUGCAGUAGUUAGCUCUAGUGUAGAAAAAAAUCCUCAGGAAGCAGAGAAUAUACAGCCAUCAUAUCCAUCUAGUUCUUCAGGCAAAACACAGAUUAGUUCAACACUUACUUAUUCACAGGGAUCCAGCACCAAGUCCAAAGAGAAGAGAGGGAUACAAUAUUGUGAUGAUUCAGAGCCAAAGAAAGACAAGCAAGAAGACUCUGAUGCAAAGUAUGAAAAUAUUCUAUUAAAUAAAAAGAGAGAACUAAAAGGAAGUCAGUGGAUUGAUGCACGGAAAAUGAAAAAGAAGUUAAAGUCAAAUAUGUUUUUCAAAAUCUAGUUUCAAAGUCUAGUUCAAAGUCUAGUUUUCUAAUAAUAAUGAUUGUUUCCUAAUUUCUUAGCAUUAUGAUUUUUCUUUGUUCAUAUUUCUUAUUCUGUAUAAUACAAUACAUGAAUAUUUGUUCCUUUAAGAUUUAGAUUAUUUUUUUAAUGCAGUGUUUAUCACUUCAGAGACAAUUUAAUUGUUGCCUAUUUUACUAGAUGAGAUUGUGUGUUUGUAUGUAAUAUGCAAACUAAUUUUCAGCUUGGAAGAAAAUUAAUCUUUGAAUAAUAAAAUAAUUACUAUAUGAAAUACUUUAAGCAACAGCCAUGUUAAAGUCUUUUCAAGAAUUUGAAAUGAUAUAUAAGGGUGAUGUACCACUGUUAUACUGUGCUGUAUCUGAUUUUGUGAAAUAAUUAAAGGAAAAACUGAAAGUUCAGUGGAAAUGGCUAAUGACAAGAAAGGCAGGGAAGUAUGUGCUUGACUGUAAGGAAUGUAGACUAUAUUUUUACCAUAUAUAUAUAUCUUUACUGGCACCCUGUUACCUGCAGUGCAUGGAUUGUACAUGAUGGAAAUUUGUGAGAGAUCAGGGAAGUAGAAGAAAAAAGUGCAUAAGAUGAUUAGUAUGGUUGGUAUGGAAUUAAAUCUUAAUUAAAUUACAGAGUGGUAUAAUGUGAAUAUAUCAUAAUGCAUAGGUGGACAUUAUCGCAAUAACAAUAUCAGGUUAUCAGUUAUCCGAUAAUUAUUUUUUCCAUAUUAUUGAUUCAUCAGUAGCACUGAUGCUUUUAGAUCCAAACUAGCAAUGAUGGAUAACUUUAGUUUUUGGUACAUGAACAUGUUGAAGUUUUUAACUUUCAAAAUCAAAUGUAUUUAUUUUACUUAAAACAGUAUUUUUCAUUAGAGAAGAGACAGGAUAAACAAUGAAUUUAAAGUUUUCAAAGAUUCUUUGCAAAAUUUUGAAGAUAAAGAUAAAAAUAAAGAUUUGGAUUUAUCAGUUUCUUUUUACUUAAAAUAUCAAUAUCAUUACCACUAGUAUUGGAAUUUUGAAUUCUUUUUUUUUUUUGGGGGGGGGGGGGGGGAACUGGUCAAGGGCAAUAAAAUCCAAUUGAAAUAAGACACUGAGAUACUAGUCCCCAAAUAGGGUCCAAAUUGGCAGUAAAAAAUUGAAGGAUAAGUGUCUUGAAACCUCCCUCUUAAAGGAAUUCAUGUCAUAGGAAGGGGGAAAUAAAGAGUUUACCAGAGAAAGGGAUGAAUGAUUAAGAGAGGUAGACAGAAUAGGGGUGAGAGAAAGAAAAAAGUCUUGUACAGCCAGGCCAUGGGAGGAGGAGAGGCAUGCUGUUAGCAAGAUCAGAAAAGCAGUUAGCAUGAAAAUAGCAGUAGAAGACAGCAAGAGAUACAACAUUAGGGCGAUGAGAAAGAGGCUGAAGACAGUCAGUUAGAGGAGAAGAGUUGUGACGAAAAGCUUUUGAUUCCACCCUGUCUAGAAGGGUGGUAUGAGUGGAACUCCUCCCCCCCAGACAUGUGAAGCAUACUCCAUACAUGGACGGAUACGGUCCCUGUACAGAGCAGCUGGAAGGGUGAGAAAAACUGGCAGAGACGUCUUAGAACACCUAACUUCAUAGAAGCUGUUUUAGCUAGAGACGAGAUGUGAAGUUUUCAGUUUAGAUUAUAAGUAAAGGACAGACUGAGGAUGUUGUCCUCAGUCUGUUCUUUAUCCCUUAAAUUUAUCUCCAGUUAUCGGUUAUCGUGAGAAUUUAUUUUUUUUUUUUCGUUAUCACACCCAGCUAUAGUAUAAGGUAAUAAAGUGACAGUAAGACCUAUAAA